AUGAAAACCGGAUCCAAUUUACUCUCAUAUAUCAUUGGAGAGAAAAUCGGUGUAGGCGCUUUCGGAGAGAUAUACUCAGCUAUCGACGAUAGAACCGGAAUUCUUUAUGCAAUUAAAACAGAAACUAGCGAUGCUGUUAAAAAAACACUCGCUUUCGAGUUCCAAAUUAUAGCUCAGAUACAGUCUUCCCCUCAUUUUCCGCGCUUAGGAGUUUUUGGACAUGGUCACGGAUUUUCUUUCUUUUCCAUGGAACUUCUUGGCCCAUCGUUAUCAGGAAUAAUUAAAAGAUUACCCGAGCAUCGCCUUUCUCUAUCUACAGCAGUACGCUCAUCUUUACAUAUUCUGAAAUGCAUUGAAUCCCUCCAUAUUUUCGGAAUUGUGCAUCGAGAUAUCAAGCCAUCGAACAUACUUACACGAGAAGGAACAGAUUAUCCACUUUGUCUGAUAGAUUUCGGACUUUCUAGAGUUUAUAUUGAUUCUUCGAACGGCCAGCAUUUACCACCUAGACCGCAUGUUGGCUUUCGUGGAACUAAACCUUACGCAUCGAUUCAUGCCCAUAAAGGCCAUGAUUUAUCGAGAAGAGAUGAUUUAAUUUCAUGGUUUUAUCUUGCAACUGAACUCAUUGCUGGAUAUCUUCCAUGGAGAUCAGUUACAGAUAAAGGUGUCAUAAUGGCGCUCAAACAAAAGUUUCAAGUCAAAGAAAUUUUAAGCCCAAUCGCUCCAGAAUUACUCGAAGUUUGGGAUCACAUAACAUCAUUAGAUUUCUAUGCUGCUCCGAAUUACCAUAUGAUUUUCGAACGUUUAGAACAAAUUUUGAAAAGAAUUAAGGCUCACAUGGACGAUCCAUUUGAAUGGGCCGGACUUUUACACGAAGCCAGAAAAAUCGUUACAAAACCGCUUGAAAAUUUGAUCGGUGGUCCCGAAAUGAACCAUGUACAGUAUAUAGAGACAGUUAGUGACAACAUAAACGAAAGACUGCUUGGACCAUACAUAACUGCUAACCCUCCAUUCAGUCAGUGCUCUGAAUCUUCUGAUGCAUGUUGCUGA